UUUACAAGCCUUUUAAAUAGUAACAUGUCUGUAUGUAGCGAAACGCGCUAUUUUAAUUUGUGUAUGGGGGUCAAUGAUCCACACAGCUCUUUAAAUGAGUGCAGUGAGCGAGCUGCAUGGGCAUCCUGGGCAUUGUCUUUGAAACCCUCAUGUUUCUACUAAAAAUGCAUUUAAAAAUGUAAUAUAUUUUGCCGUUGAAUCGAGAAACUUGAGCCAAAUCGUAAUAAAACGGGCGCUCCAGAACCUGUUAAACAAAGGGGAGGUGUGGUUUAACAGCUGGUAUAUCAGUAACAAAAACAUGAAUAUUAAUCUAUUAAAGUAAGAACACCAAUUAAGAUGGAAGAAAGGCAGUAUUCAUCUCUGACGGCCCCUAUGGAUUAUCUCCAGUACUGGUGAGUUUACCCAGCCCCAAAAGAUCCCACAAAACCUUUAGCUUAAUAAAUGCAUUUAUUUUGUAAUCUGAAUGAUGUCCUGUUUUUCAAAGGGUGCAUUAGGACAGACCUGAUGAAAUAUUUCAAACAUAGCGGACGCAGAGACUCUGGUCUCCGUUAUCCAGAUUUUCAUAGUGCUUUUCUCUUUUUUUUACGAUGUUUAAACAGGUACCAGACAAAUCAUCAGCAGUUUCAUCCUGAGCAGGUGCCACAAUAUAACCAGAUGGUUAAUAUUGAGGGACCAAUGGAGGACAAAGUCAUGACCAAUUUAGCAGUACAUCAAAAUCUCUAUAUGGAUCAACAACAACCCCAACAAUUGCCUAUCCCGCCACCAGAUCCUCCGCUGACACCUGCAAAAGGCAAGAAACGGGGGCGGCCCCUAAAAAGUGAAAUAAAAGAGCAGACACAGGCUGAGGAAUCUCCAAAAAAAGCAAAGAGGACAUUAGACAGAUUCAAUGGAAUGUCAGUAGAGGAAGUCAUGGCCAGAAAGCUACCAGAUAUCAUCACCCAUAAUCUGGAAAUGCUUAUUAUUGGUAUCAAUCCAGGACUCUUGUCAGCCUACAAAGGAAGGCAUUAUCCAAAUCCCGGGAACCAUUUUUGGAAGUGCUUGUUUCUCUCUGGGUUGACCGAUGAACAGCUGAACCACAUGCACGAUCAGACGCUACCUGAAAAGUAUAGCAUUGGUUUCACCAAUAUGGUGGAAAGGACUACGCCUGGGAGUAAAGACCUCUCAAAUAAAGAGAUCCGUGAAGGUGGUCACCAACUUUUGGAGAAGCUCCAGAAGUACAGGCCUUUAAUCGCUGUCUUCAAUGGAAAAGGUAUUUAUGAAAUAUUUAGCAAGGAGAUUUUGGGAGUGAAAGCCAAGAACUUAGAAUUUGGAUUGCAACCUUACAAAGUGCCAGACACAGACACGGUUUGUUAUCUGAUGCCAUCGUCAAGCCCACGCUGUGCUCAGUUCCCUCGUGCUCAGGACAAAGUGCACUUCUACAUUAAGCUAAAAGAACUCAGGGAUCAGCUGAAGGGAGUGCUCCCUACUCAGGAGAUCGAAGAGACAAAUUACUCGUUUGAUCUGACUCUGGCCAAAGAGGAUGCCAAAAAAAUGGCAAUCAAAGAGGAACAGCAUGACCCUGGAUAUGAGGAGACCUGUGGUCAUGGAUCUUGGGCGGAACCACAGCCAGCAUUCGGUGUUCGUUCUAAUGGAACAGAUCACGUAACAGACAACCGGUGGACGAUGCAGCCGUUUGCGGACCAGAUUCCAGACAUCAGAUGUAACAGCAACAAUGAAACAACCUGAGAAGAGGUUAUCAGAGAAAGAAUUAUGCCAUGUUAUUGUCUGUACCACAUGUACGGAGAAGGACCAACAAGGACAUUCUUUUUUAUUUUUAUGUUUUGUUUAUAAGUGUUGUCAUGAUGGGUUAUUUAAUGUCCAAUGUAUGUGACUUUAAUUUUGUGUGUUUUGUAAACAAAGCUUUUUUACAAAGCUUGACUGAACUUAUAAAUUCUCUGAACAUUGAGACAUUGCAUUUCGUGCCUCUGAAACUUUAUAAAAAGGUUUAGUGACUUUUGUUUGCAAAUAUAUUGCUCUAUGCAUAUAUUUGACACUGAUAUGUACAAAUAGAGACUUUAAGCGCAAAAAAUCCGCAAACCACUGUUCUAUUAUAGAAGGUUGUAGACUUUUAUAGGUGUAUGCCCUCAAUGCAUGGUUAUAAAGUAGUAUUGCUGAUGGCAUGCUCAGUCCUACAUUAGACCUACAGCCCUACAAGGUGCUUUUUUGUAAAACGGAUGACUUGGUUUACCUCAACUGUAAAAUAUUUCAUAGACUUUUUAGAAGUGCACGUAAUGAAUGUGCAUGACUUGUUGUGUGUAAUAAUUCUAUUUGGUACCAUUUAUACCUUCUUGUUACAUCAUAAUAACAGUUUAGCAUUUUCGUUGCUGUGAGAACGCAUUAUAUAUUGUGUGUGUCAUUCUGUAAGUCUGUUUUUAGUUUUUUAUUUUGGAUUGUGUGUAUUACUAAUGGGAAGUUUUCCAUUAAUAAAAAAAUAUGA